AUGCACUUCCGAGACAGCAAGAGGAAAGUGGACUACGUUUUAGUUUAUCAUUACAGAAAACGGACAGCACACCACGCUGGUGGCUCCCCGGGCCCCCUGCACAGACCUGCUUCUUUGGCUAUUAUUUCUAAUGGGGAGACAGCCAAAAGCCACCCUGAGCAGCAACAGGAGGAGGCUCACGGCCAGGAUGUACCCAAUCCAGAUGCUCUAGUGGUUGAUAUGGGCCCACUGGAUGUUCUGGAGGAAGCAAAACGGGAGCAGAGGGAGGAAUUUGAGCGCAACCUGACGGAAGCCGGUCUGGAGAUAGAGAAAGAUGUGGAGAACAAGAGCCAGGGACUAAGCUUUGUCCGGAUACAUGCGCCGUGGAAUAUACUGACCCGAGAAGCAGAGCUCCUUAAAAUAAAAAUGCCCACUAAAAAGACAUACGAAAUAAAAAAGGAAGGGGGAAUUGCCAAGAAACUGUCUGAAAUAUGGCGCAAAUUCACUGAACCGUUGCAGCCCAAAGUGCCACAGCUAAACACCACCAGGAUGAAGCAUUUGUCUUACCCCUUCUCUAGAGAAAAAAUCUAUUUGUACAACGUUCAGGACAAAGAUGCAUUUUUUGACAAUGCUACACGCAGUCGAAUAGUACAUGAAAUUUUGAAGCGUACAUAUAGUACAAAAGCCAAAAACAGUAUGGGUAUUAACUCAUUAAUAGCAAAAAAUGUCUACGAAACUGCCUAUCCCCUUCAUGAUGGUGAAUAUGAUGGUGAAAAUGAUGAGAUGAAUGAAAGAAAGUUGCUGUAUCGAGAAUGGGCACGAUAUGGAGCAUUUUACAAGUUUCAGCCGAUUGAUCUUGUAAGAAAGUAUUUUGGAGAAAAAAUUGGAAUGUAUUUUGCCUGGUUGGGCUUAUACACAGAGUUCCUUAUUCCGUCUUCUAUAGUUGGGAUCAUAGUCUUCCUGUAUGGAUGUAUGACCAUUGAAAGUGAUAUUCCCAGCAAGGAGAUGUGUGACCAACAUAAUGCCUUCACCAUGUGCCCUCUCUGUGACAAGACUUGUGACUACUGGAACCUCAGCACUGCUUGUGCAACAGCACGGGCCAGCCACUUGUUUGAUAACCCUGCCACCGUCUUCUUCUCCAUUUUCAUGGCUCUCUGGGCCACCAUGUUUCUUGAAAAUUGGAAGCGUUUGCAGAUGAGACUGAGUUAUUUCUGGGAUUUAACCGGCUUGGAGGAAGAAGAAGAACAUCCCAGACCAGAAUAUGAAAUCAAAGUUCUACAGAAGAAACCCAGAACUGAAAACCGGGUAAAGGAAGAUGAAAAAGACAAGCUGACCUGGAAAGAUCGUACCCCUGGAUACCUAGUGAACUUUGCAUCAAUCUUAUUUAUGAUUUCGCUGACAUUUUCACUAGUCUUUGGUGUGAUUGUAUACCGGAUAACCACAGCGGCAGCUCUGUCGAUGAGUACCAAUGAGUCCACCAGGUCAAACGUCCGUGUGACAGUGACAGCUACUGCAGUCAUCAUUAAUCUUGUUGUGAUACUUAUCCUAGAUGAGAUUUAUGGAGUGGUUGCCAAAUGGCUCACAGAAAUGGAGAUACCCAAAACUGAGAAAUCUUUUGAGGAGAGGUUAAUUAUGAAGGCUUUCCUGAAGAAAUUUGUGAACUCCUAUGCACCAAUUUUUUAUGUGGCCUUUUUUAAAGGAAGGUUUGUUGGUCGACCCGGACAUUAUGUGUACGUGUUCGACGGCUAUCGCAUGGAAGAGUGCGCUCCUGGAGGAUGCUUGAUGGAACUUUGCAUCCAGCUGAGCAUCAUCAUGCUGGGGAAGCAGCUGAUCCAAAACAACAUCUUUGAAAUCGGAGUCCCAAAAUUAAAGAAGCUUUUCCGAAAGCUAAAGGAUGAUCGAACUGAGACAAAGGAAAGUCAUUCUACCCCAUCCAAACCUCCACAGCAAUGGGAGCUGGAUUAUGUAUUGGAACCUUUCACUGGGUUGACUCCAGAAUACAUGGAAAUGAUUAUCCAGUUUGGCUUCGUCACGCUCUUCGUCGCCUCUUUUCCGCUGGCCCCUGUUUUCGCUCUGCUCAACAACGUCAUCGAGGUCCGGCUGGAUGCCAAAAAGUUUGUUGCCGAACUAAGAAGGCCAGAUGCGGUUAGGGCAAAAGAUAUUGGAAUUUGGUUUAACAUCUUGAGUGGCAUUGGAAAGUUUUCAGUCAUAAUUAAUGCCUUUGUCAUUUCUGUCACUUCUGACUUCAUUCCACGCCUUGUUUAUCAGUAUGCAUACAGUAACAAUGGGACCAUGCAUGGCUUCAUCAAUCACACGCUGUCAUACUUCAACGUCAGCCAUUUCAAGGCUGGAACCCAGCCAGAGAACUCACCUUUCGAACAGGAGGUAUCUUUUUGCAGAUUCAAAGAUUACAGAGAACCACCGUGGUCUGAAAAUCAGUAUGAAUUUUCUAAGCAAUACUGGGCUGUUUUAUCUGCUCGUUUGGCUUUUGUCAUUAUUUUUCAGAACCUGGUAAUGUUCCUCAGUGUGCUUGUUGACUGGAUGAUCCCAGACAUCCCCAAGGAUAUCAGUGAGCAGAUCAAGAAGGAGAAGAGCGUGCUAGUCAAUUUCUUCUUGAAGGAAGAGCACGAGAAACUCAAACUGAUAGAGAACUUCAUCAUGCGGGAGAAGCCCAAGAGCAGAAGUGAGACGAGAGGACGGAGAAACCGGGCGGCGAGCUUCUGCCAGUUCAGCCGAAGUCAACGAGGCAGCUUCACAUCCUUUAGCUCACAGCACACGGAUGUGUGA